AUGGCGUCACAUGUUGACAGUGCCCAUGACCUUUUGGACCUGGACAUAUCCAUAUUACGCCAAUAUGUCACCCUGUUCCCGGCAGAGGGCCUGUCCAAGGUCAUUACAGGAUGGCUGAGUAGUGGGAUAUCCAAAUACCCUCUCUCGGCGGAAGGAGACGAAGACAACCGACCGGAUCUGAGCGAAGGCGGGGUAUCCCUUGUCCAAGAUGUACCAGUCUCGCAAGAGGACUGUUUGGUAUUGAUGACAGAGGGCAUAAGCGAAUGCGAAAAGUCACCAUUGGCACAUUGCUUGCUUGCAGAUUUCUACCUCUCACUUGAAGAAUAUGAAAGUGCAGUCGAAAGCGCCCGCAAAGGCCUAAAGUAUGCUGCGAUAGAGGCGAAGAAGACCGACCUGUCGUUUCAAAGGACUCGCGAUGCUCUCAACAGUACUCUUGCCACCGCUCUCGUCUACUACCAGGCUCCAAGGAAUCAUCAAGAAGCAAAAGAGAUAUUUCAAGGAGUCCUUAAGCGCAAACCAAAGUUCACAGCUGCUUUGAUAGGUAUCGGCCUUGUGCUCGAAGAAGAAGAAGAGUACGAGCAAGCUUUCCAGUUCCUUGAGAAAGCAUUGCAGCAAGAUCCAUCAAAUGGCCGCAUUGGCGCUGAAUCGGCGUGGUGUCAGGCGCUCGCCGGUGACUACAAGACAGGACUAGAAAAAUUGCAAGGUUACCUAGACUAUCCACAGCUAGAUGCCUCAAAGCAGCGUGGCCGUGAGCUCCGCGCGCAAACACUCUAUAGAAUAGGGGUUUGCAUAUGGGAGCUCGACACUUCCAAGGCUGCACGUAAGGAUCGAAAUGGAGCUUACGCAAAGCUACUUGCGGCCAUCAAAGCGAAUCCAAACUAUGCACCGCCCUACACCUUGCUUGGCAUCUUCUACGAGGAUUACAACAAAGACCGCAAACGUGCGAGACAAUGCUUCCAAAAGGCGUUCGAGUUGUCCCCAUCGGAGAUUGUCGCAGCCGAGCGUCUGGCAAGGCUAUUUGCCAACCAGGGAGAGUGGGACAUUGUGGAAGUCGUAGCGCAACGAGUCGUAGACUCAGGCAAGGCCCGCCAAGUACCCGGUUCAAAGAGGAAGGGAGUCAGCUGGCCAUACUCAGCUCUUGGUGUUGUUCAAAUGAACAAGCAAGAAUAUCAAAAGAGUGUCGUCUCAUUCUUAUCGGCACUCCGCAUUAGCCCGGACGACUAUUACUCUUACGUCGGUCUCGGUGAGAGCUACCACAAUUCUGGACGCUACAACUCUGCCUCGCGGGCUUUCAAUUACGCCGAAAACCCCGGUGAUGGAAUCGUAUUUAAGAAGACGGAGGAUGAGAGUUGGUUUACAAAGUACAUGCUCGCCAAUGUCAAUCGUGAACUGAGCGAGUUCGAUGAAGCGCUUGCUGGGUAUGAAGCAGUCUUGGCAAAACGGCCCAAGGAAUUUGGCGUGUCUAUCGCUCUACUGCAGACACUUGUAGAGAGGGGCUGGCACUGCAUCCAGACGGGCUUUUUUGGUGAGGCAGCAGAUAGUGCGGUUCGAGCCAUCGAGGUUGCGGCGCUGAUAACAGAGUACAAGCCCGACGCUUUUAAUCUCUGGAAGGCUUUGGGAGAUGCUUGCAGUCUGUUCACUUGGGUACAAGAAAAGCUGGUCGACUUCUCGGCUGACAAGGUCGAGCAAAUCCUCAGCAGCAAAUCGGAUGUUGGUGUCGACUAUGAUGAGCACAAGGAUAUCGACGGUGUCGGAAAGGAAGCGUUGUCGUCACUAUCACCAGGGAAAGACGAUGCGUUAACCAAGGUGAUUUGUGCCUCUAUCCUUGCACAGAAACGAGCGAUAUCGAGCUGCGCCAAUGAUAUCCAUGCACAAGCAGUGGCAUGGUACAACCUCGGAUGGACAGAGUAUCGAGCACAUGUCUGCCUAGAGCAGGAGACUCACGAUGAAUCGCGGCUUACAUCUUUCCUGCACGCUGCAAUGCGAUGCUUCAAGCGUGCAAUAGAGCUCGAGGCCGGCAACUCUGAGUUUUGGAACUCGUUAGGUGUGGUUACGACAACUUUGAGCCCAAAGGUCGCCCAGCACGCGUUCGUUCGUUCUUUACAUCUGAACGAGCGAAGUGUGCAUACAUGGACGAAUCUGGGAGCAUUGUACCUCCUACAAAACGACACAGAGUUAGCACACAUGGCCUUUUCGCGAGCACAAUCUCAAGAUCCAGACUAUUCGCUUGCAUGGGUCGGGGAAGGCAUCAUCGCUCUCCUGACUGGAGAAGCCACUGAAGCGCUCUCCCACUUCACCCACGCCUUUGAAUUGUCUGAAUCAUCCUUACUCUUAACGAAACGCCAAUACGCCGUCUCAACAUUCGACUUUCUCGUUUCCUCAUCUUCCACAUCGAGCGACAUCACAAAUCUCAUACAACCUUUGUUCGCUUUGCAGCAGAUCAACUUACAAGCACCAUACGACAUUCCACACAAGCAUCUCGCUGCGCUAUUCCUGGAACGUGUUGGUAACCAUGACGCCGCAGUCACUGCUCUCCAGGCCGUCACAGCAACAGUGGAAGAAGACUACGAGAAAUCCGAAUCCCUAAUCGCACUUGCCCGCGUUGCCCAAGCGAAGACAGAUCUUGCGCGAAACUUCCUCGCUACAGACGCUGUAUCUACCGCAAUAGAAGAAGCAGAAACCGCUCUGGAUCUCCUCUCUGAACUCGACGAUGACACGUCCCAGUCUGCGUUGACAAAAGAACAGCUUGCUAAGGUCAAGCUAUCAGCGCGUCUUACAGCUGGUCUCGCACAGUACUUUAGCGGUGCCCUCGACGCAGCGAUCCCAUAUUUCCGCACUUGCCUCGAGGCCACAGGCUCAAACCCCGACAUCAUCUGUAUCCUUGCCGAAGUUCUCUGGGCCAAGGGUGGAGAAGACGAGAAACAAGUUGCGCGAGACCAACUCUUCACCGCCGUCGAGAAACACGAAGGCCAUGUCGGACUUUUAACGCUCAUCGGCGCUAUGACCGUCCUCGACGACGACACUGAAACCAUGGAAGCUAUUAAGGACGACCUCGACCGCCUGCGCACCAAUAAAUCCAUUAGCGACAUGCAACUCGCACGUGUCGAAAAAGUCAUUGAAGCCAUGUCGAUCUGCCUCGGGCCCCAAGACGACGCUCUACACGACGCUCGCCGUAGUGUUAUGCUCGCGCCGUGGAAACACACAGGCUGGAGUGAACUCGCGGAUUCAGCGGAUGAUGACUCAUUUGCGCGGACUAUGUCGUUGCAGACGGCGGUUAAGAGUGCGCCGCCUAGGGGGGUCUUGGGCGCGCUGGAGUUGGCGGGGACGAUGGCUAGGACAGGGAGGGUGGGGGAUGCACAGAGGGCGGUUGUGAUGGCGCCUUGGGGAGUGGAGGGGUGGAGGACGCUGGGUCACAGUGUGGGUGUUGAUGUUGGGGCGGACUAG